AUGCUAGAUCUGCUUAUAAUAGGUGCCGGCUUCUCCGGUCUUCAAGCUGCAAUCACAGCCCAAAAAGCCGGUCUCUCCAUCGCAAUCCUUGAAGCUCGCGACCGAGUCGGUGGUAAAUCCUGGACCAUUCGCCUCAAAAACACAAAUGGAAAAGCAGAUCUCGGCGCAGCUUGGGUAAACGAUGAACUACAGCCGCUAGUAUGGUCAUAUAUCCGACAAUUCGGACUUACAGAUCAAAUCGUAAAGCAAAGGCUUGGCCAUAAAGCUGUGAUGGUCAGUGCAGAUGGGGAGAGGAUUGAGUUUCCUUUUGGAAUUACACCUGAUUUUACGCUUGAGGAGAAGAAGAAUCUCGAGAUGGUGAGGGAUCAUAUUCAAGCUGAAUCUUUGAAGCCUAAUGGUUUCCGAAAAGAGGAUGAUAAGAUCAGUUUGGAUCAAUAUGUUCGAAAUCUCGGCGGCGGUCCCAAGACACUUGAGAUGGUCAAUCUUUGGGUUCGAGUUAUGCACGGUCUAGAAUCAACUGAAGAAUCAGCAGCUUGGUUCAUCGAAUACUGCCGUACAAAUCAUGGCCUUCUAGCUAUUCGAGCAGAUGACCGUACAGGCGGCAAUUACAUGCGUCUCAAAUCAGGCACCCAAUCUAUCGCCAAGGGUAUCGCUGAUCUCAUCGGCCAUGAGCAUAUCCAUCUCUCCAGCCCCGUUUCCUCAAUCGAGCAAACCAAAUCCGGUGUUAUUGUGAGAACAACGACUGGAAAGGCUAUCAAGGCCAAGAAGCUCAUCAUCUCGAUGCCUUCAGCUAUGCUCAAAGAACUCGCCUUCUCACCUCCUUUACCUCAGCGAGCACAAGAUGUCUACAACAACACCAAACUAGGUCAUUACAACAAAGCUAUCGUGUUUUACAACAAGCCUUGGUGGCGUGAUGGCGGCUUCAAUGGAUUCUUCAUGGACUUUCGCGGGCCAGCCUGUGUUGUACGGGAUACCUCUUUCGACGAUGAAGGGAUCUUCGGGUUCACAUGUUUCGUCAACGGAAAACCGGGUGAAGAAUGGAGUCAGAAAUCUCCUGAGACUCGUAGAAAGAUUAUUCUCGACCAACUUGCGCAUUCUUUCGGUUCAUCGGAAGCCCAUAACCCGGUUGAGUUUGUGGAACAGAUCUGGCAGAAUGAGGAGUUUAGCCGUGGUGCUCUCGCACCUGUUACCAGGAUCGGCCAUCUUGUGAAAUAUAGGGAUGUUUAUGGAAAACCAGUGGGAAAUAUUCACUUUGUGGGAACGGAGUAUGCGACACACUGGAAGGGAUAUCUUGAGGGUGCGUUGACGUCGGGGCGUGCUGGAGCGAAGGAGGUUAUUGAGGCGCUGAAGGAUCAAUCUUUGCAGGCAAAGCUUUAA